AUGGCAAAUUUGCAAUGUCUGGUUUCGGAGUUGAAGGCUGGUAGAUAUAUAGAGACUUUUGUGACAAGGCUUCUGCAUUUUUGGGAAGCACAUAAUGUGACUAACGGUGGUGAUCUCAUGGCUGUUUAUAUUGCUUUGGUGGAUGAGAAGACGCCCGUUUCUAUUAUAUUCUCGGAGAGACCAAUUUUGUUGAGAUUUUACAAAAUGGUCAACUCUAGGAUAAGACAAACGAGAGAAAAAUUAUCAAGUGGUUUAAAGCAUAUAUAA